AUGACAGACACUCUUUCCCCAACUUGGACGUAUGUCCGACACUUCAAUGAAGAUCGAAAUCGCCAUAUGGACAGGGGAGAUGCCGGAGAAUACCGCCCGAGUGGACGCAUCCCAGGCACUGUAAGGCCUAUGCUACCAUUGACGGUUCUCGGAGUACGCAGUCGGAAAGCUCAAGGAAUCGUCCAGAUUCUGAUCAGCUCCAAGCAUCCGGAGUUUCAGUCGUACUAA